GCCACCUUCCUUCUAUAAAUAACCACACUUACUUUUCUUUUCUUCCACUCCUUGCUCUUGUGGAGUAAUACUGUCUUUUUUCUCCAUUGUUUCCUCUGUGGCCUAUCUAUCAUCCGCAUGGAUCGCUCCCUACUUCUCCUUUCUUUCCUCUUGCUAGCAGCAGCAGUGGGCCAUGCAGCCCUAUCUCCCCAGCUCUACUGGCACUCAGUUCUCCCCAACACCCCCAUGCCAAAAGCCAUCAGCAACAUCCUGAGCCCUGAUGCGUUUGCUGACGAGAAAGCGGGAACAUCUGUCAGCGUAGGGAAGGGAGGUGUGUAUGUGAACGCAGGGAAGGGAAAGCCCGGCGGCACCACCGUCGGCGUUGGCCGGGGCGGCGUUGGCGUUCAUGUCAGCCCCGCAAAUGGAAAGCCCGGUGGCACCAAUGUCAGUGUGGGAAACGGUGGAGUCAGCGUAAACACUGGUUACCCGAAGAAGAAGCCGGUGGUGGUCAACGUGAGGCCUGGAAACUCGCCCUUCUCUUACAUAUAUGCCGCCACCGAAACCCAACUCCAUGACGACCCCAACGUCGCCCUUUUCUUCUUGGAGAAGGACCUCCGCCCCGGCGCCAAGAUGAACCUCCACUUCACCCAAACCAACUCCGGCGCCACCUUCCUUUCCCGCCAAGAGGCCGACUCCAUCCCCUUCUCUUCAUCCAAGCUCCCGGCGAUCCUCCAUCAAUUCUCGAUAGAAUCGGACUCCAUCGAAGCCGAGGCGAUGAAGAAGACGCUUAAAGAGUGCGAAGAGCCGGCAGUGGGCAGCGAGAAGAAGUACUGCGCCACCUCGCUGGAGUCCAUGGCGGACUUCAGCACGUCGACCCUCGGAACGCACGACGUCAAGGCCAUUUCGACCACGGUGGACAAGGAGGGGACGCCGGCGCAGCAAUACACGAUAAGGGCAUCUGGUGUGCGGAGGAUGGCGGGGACGGAGCUGGUGGCGUGCCACCCGGAGGCCUAUCCGUAUGCCGUGUUCUACUGCCAUGCGACGACGGCGGCGAGGGCAUACACGGUGGAGAUGGUGGGGAAGGACUGGACGAAGGUGGAGGCGGUGGCGGUGUGCCACACCGACACCAAGGCGUGGAACCCCAAGCACCUGGCCUUCCAGGUGCUCAAGGUGAAGCCCGGGACGGUGCCCGUCUGUCACUUCUUGCCACAGGAUCAUGUGGUGUGGAGCCGCAGCAGUUAGAGGAGCGGCCGCUUCACUCGUUGAUGGAGCUCCUCAUCACCCACUGCUUCAUGGUUUAUGGAGGGCUCCGUACGUGGCAUCUUUUAGCCUGCACGUUGGAUUUUAUUUUUAUACAUGUGUGGUGUGGGUUACACGGUAGUGUGUUGUAUGAAAUGGCUGGCUCUGUCUAUUA